GCGUGGACACUACCCUCGCGAAACGCUCGCAGUGGGCAUUGUAGCUAGAAAUGGGCUCGAGUCAGAGGCGGAGGCUUAACCCGCCAGGCGAGGGGUCCGAGUCCAGCGAGUCCGGGAUACUCAACGAGCGCGUACUCGUGCUGGUAUUCGAGUCUAUAAAUUGGGAUCUGCACACUCUGUGCUCAACGGCGUCGGUUAACAGGAAACUCAGAGCGACGGCGAAGCGUCUGCUGUGGCGGCACCUAUGCGUUCACCGCGCGCCGCACAUGGUGGAGACAUUGGCAAACGGUGCGCCGAACGGCCGAGUCGGCGGAGGCUGGGACGCCCUCGCGAAGCUUCUGUUCUUCUGCUGCGGCUGCGAGUCGACUCGGAACUUCCGGGUGGAUCACUCGUCGCCGGGUCACUUCGCGAAGGCGUCUCGGUUCUCGAAGACUUCGGGUCGGAGCUUCUUGACCCGAAAAUGCCGGGGAGAUCUGCUGUACGUGAGCGAUCCGUGCGAGCAUCCGACGGCGGACGACGCAGGGGACGAUCUGGGUAUCUACAGAGGGGUAUUUCGGGGAUUUAUGAAAUCGAAGACCAGGGCGUGUUUGAUCGGACGGCGGGUGGAGUUUGAGGAGCGAGUGCGGUGUCCCUACUGCGGGGCCCGCGUGUGGAGCAUGACCACGGCUCGGUUCGUGCCCAAGUGUGCGGCUCGGCGGCUCGGCACGCGCGACGGGGGUCUGGAGUAUUUCGUGUGCGUGAACGGCCACUUGCACGGCACGUGUUGGCUGGUCCCGCUCUCGUCGGACGAGGGCGACGGUGACGAAAGUGGGAACGACGGUGGCGAUGGGGUCAGCAGACUCAAUCGUAUUGAUCAGACAGUGGCGACUGGGAGCACGCGCUCUUCGGGGGAAGAGAUUGCUGUGAACGGGCCCGCAGAUUGACAGUUUUGUGGGCCCGCACCUGAUCCAGGGAAUAACGAGAAAAAUAUGGAUUUGGACCACCACGUCAUCGCUGACGCGGCGGUCCACGCCUAUUUAAUGUAUCCACGUUAACACCUUUUCGAAUGAUUGUGCAGGAAGUGGUCGAUGACGUUGUAUACUUGAUGACGUGGAGUUGUUUGUGUGAUGACGUGGUACUUUAAUCUCUGAAAAAGUAUAAGUAUCUUAACUUGGGGGUGAGUAAUUUGACAGUAUCCCCAGUAUUUUCAUUUAAUUGAAGGGUUUGAUUGACGUGGUCAUUCCAACGAGCCUAAUUUUUUUCUCCUUAAAAAGAGUGAUUGAAGGGCAUUUGGUGUAUGCCUCUUUGGAGUUUGAAUUAUAUUUCAGAGCUUGGGUUUUUUCUCAAUGCCCUUUUCAUUUUUAUUUUUUUCAAGAAUCACUUGUAAUUAUUUGAUCUGGCUCAUGAAAAUAUAUUAUGCUUACCUCA